AAUAACAACAUCGGUGGCUGCUGCUCGCUAAGCUUCUCGCCUCAGUGAAACUGUUAUCAACGUAUCGGUCGGCGAACACCGGCUCCUUUUAUAGUUCAUCACAUGACAGUACAGUGAGGAAGCCAGUCUCACUCUUUAACAGUUUUAUGCUGCAAAAUGGACUUUCUGCUCCAGGUGAAAAUAGGCGCUCUGAUCGGUCUGUUGCUCUUAACUCUUCUUUUUGGAUUUAUCCCUGCUCGAGUGAAAUGGUUCAGAGACACAAACGGCACAGAAACCCAUCGCACAGUCCUGAGUCUGAUCAGCUGUUUUGCUGGAGGCGUUUUCUUGGCAGCAUGUCUGCUCGACAUCAUUCCAGAUUAUCUGUCAGACAUCAACGCCGCUCUGGAUUCUCAGAAGGUGGAGAGCAAUUUUCCCCUCCCAGAAUUCAUCAUGGCUGCCGGCUUCUUCACCGUCCUCAUAUUGGAGAGGCUUGUCCUGAACUGUCGGGAGAGGGCAGGGUCUCACGAGGAGAGGGCACCCCUCAUACAGGACAACAGAAGUGGGCACGGGCAUGGACACGGCCAUGGCACAAGCCCUGAUCUGGAGAGCAGCAGCCACCAUGUCCAUGUUGACUUUCAGGCUCAUUCCCCCUUUCGCUCCUUCAUGCUCUUCCUCUCCCUCUCACUCCACUCGGUGUUCGAGGGUCUUGCUAUCGGCCUGCAGAGCACUGACUCAAAGGUAUUAGAGAUCUGCAUCGCCAUACUUGUCCACAAGAGCAUCAUAGUGUUCAGCCUGUCGGUAAAGCUGGUCCAGAGCGCAGUUGCUCCACUGUGGGUGGCUGCUUACAUCGGAGUGUUCGCCAUGAUGUCGCCUAUAGGCAUCGCCAUCGGCAUCAGUGUGAUGGAGGCUCAGCUGGAAGCUGGAGAGCUGGUCCAGGCCAUCCUGGAGGGGCUUGCUGCAGGGACGUUUAUCUACAUCACCUUCCUGGAGAUCCUCCCACACGAGCUCAACUCUCCCGGGAAGCAGCUUCUCAAGGUGCUCUUCAUUCUGCUGGGCUUCAGCAUCAUGGCAUCUCUGACGUUUAUGGGCUGAGGCCGGUCGUCGUUUGUGACCUGGAUGCUUUGUGGCAACUACCGCAGCUCACUGAGACUUGACUUUGUACAGAAAGACAAUCUUUAACAGAUAAGAAGAAGGUUUAUUGCCGCACUGUUACACCCAACUCUGGAGUUUUUAAUGUCAAAGGGAGCAUGACAACGUUUUAUUAUGCUUCAUAUACUUUUAAAAAAGGAGGAGUUUGGAUGAUUUAUGUAUAUGCCAUUUCUUUUUAAGAGGAUUUUAUGUAAACAGGUGCCAUUUACUGCUAUGCUAACUUUGAAGAAUCACAGGGGAAAGAAGUGUCUUAUCAAUGAGUCCCCUCAUUAUCACUGAAUGUUGUUUUGAAACAUGCUCUGGACCUGCAGAAAAAACAAACCAGAGUCACUGACCUUUGACACUAUUGAGGAAACCACUGGAAACAAAGGGCCAUGUUGUGUGUAUAUGAUGCCCUGUAAGCAUGCCAGUGUAUCAGUAACUACACAUCUUUCAUGUUUACAUUUUAUCUGAAGUCAAAUGGGAAGCUUCUCUUUCCAAAAAGCACUCUUUGUCCUUUUGUUGAAGUACUUUAUACGGUACCUUCUUUACUACAGGCUCAGCUGCAUGGCUGGUAUAUUUGAAUUGUUAUUCUUGGUGUUUAUUCACUGGCAUUUUAGUGCAAUGCUUUUAGAUGUAGUUUCCGGAAUUAGGCUGCUUUUAUUUCUCAUUAUAAACUAGAAUAUCAACAUUUCAUUCAUUUGUCCAGUAAAUUAGUGUAAAUGUAAACUGACUUCCUGAUGCCUUGAGAAGCUGCAUGCUAAAACAAAGAAUGGCAAUGACGGGAAAAAUGUGGAACUUAUUUUUACACUGUUUGCACUUUUCCAAUCAUGAAUCAGUGACUGUGUUUACAUGCACGCUAAUAUUUCACUGUUAUUCUGAACAUGACAGAAUUCAGAAUAUGGUAUGGAUCAUGUAAACAGCAUAUUCUGUUUGGAUGUUUCGAAUUACGGCUAUUUCUGAAUGAAGCAUUUUCCGACUUGUAUAAGACAUGUAAUGUGUGUCUCAGUUGGGGUUUUUACUGCAGUUUGCAACACACAGCCUCUUGCCUGUUUAUGGUCAGCUCUGUGUGCUUUCAUGGAUACAGUGAACACAAAUCAAAAGUUUGCAGGGCUAGGGUAGAGAUGCAUGCCCACAUUUCAGGUCAGAAGAAGAAACACUCCUACUUUUAAAUAUUAUGAAAGUAUUUGAUAUGAACAGUUUUUUUAUAUGCACAAAUAUUGCAACACCUAACUUUUCAAGAAGGUGGUUGGUGGAAUGAAAGAGGGAGGCUGUGUUCACACGGUCAACCAGUGGAAAGAUGCAAAAUAGGACGAGCGACUCUAGCGCUUCCAUUUUUUUUCAUAUUUUGAUAUGAUAAACAGCAUGUUGGGGCCAUAGACCCUAAAACUGAUCGGCGUAGCCUCUAUAACGACACCGAGGGUUGAAAUUAGCUCCAGCCACCCGCCAAAUGAUGGUAAAAUAGGCAAGUCGCUGCUAGAUUUGCCUCAUUCACCAGCCAAAAAAAACAACGGUAGUCUACUAAGUGGCUGGUAGAGUGUGGAAUCCACCAGCCACAGUGGUAGGUGGAACAAAAAGUUAAUUUCAAACCCUGCCGUCGCCCAUUAGUCUGUGGACUCCUUUGAGGCUUCAAGGUUUGGCACUUAGGCUGUCGCCAUCUUGUUUUUUUUGGAGCCAGAAGUGACCAUAUUUGGGCAAGAGGCUGGCACUGUGGCGGAGCGAGGGCUGGAUCUGACUGAGAGGCUGAGGACACUAGAGGCAGACAGCCUGUCAGUCAAAGCAGCCCGCCCUUAAUUAUGUGUAACUCUAAGCCUUGAUAAAAUAUAAGCGCGUGAGUUAUUAAAAAACAUACACUCCCUGUACAGUUGUCAUGAAUGUUGAAAUUUGCUAUAGAGACCAAAACCUUUUUUGUACCAGGCUGUAAGCAUGUUUAUUUCUGCUGUUAAAUUGCAUUUUAACAUGGGAGUCUAUGGGGAUUAACUCAAGCAGCCAUUCAAAAAACUUAUGUCGGCUUCAUUUUUCAGCCCCAGAGGUUGCCGCUUGGUUAUGGCACGUUAAUCGAAAUAUGCACGGCUGCAUGUAAACGAGAAUAUUAGUGGAAUAUUCAUUUUCAUUAGCCAUGUAACAGCUCAGUAGCUAUACUGUGUUUUUCAGAAUAAGGGCAAAAAAACUGAAUAUUUUGUGCAUGUAAACACAGUCAGUGAUUAUCUUCACAAAUGGGAAUUUGAAUUAAACAUGGCUUUAAAAUGACUUUAAACAACCAACUGUUAAAACAAGCUGAUCACUGUUGUUUACAUGAUGUUGACCUUUGUUCCAGUUUGUUCUGUUUUGACACAUUAUCUGUACUGCUUCUUUGAAACACUUUCUCCAUGUACAGUGCUUUUAUUUCUCAGUUUUGAUUUCAGACGAUACAGAAGCUUUUAAUAUCAGCACAAAGAGAGGUACAAGAUAGAAAUCAAACCAAGCAGGAAACCACAGUAUGGCACAUUGGGUACAUUAAUUCAGUCUUAAGCUAUGGUGCAGGCCGAGAGCCAAAACUUGUAUUGUACGUUGUCCAUACGUGUUAUAUAUGUAGAGUAAACAAAGCAGGUGUAAACUGAGGAAUAAGUAAAAAACAAUACAUUUCAAACAGUAUAGCAGGCAGUUAAAAAGGUCCAGUAUCUGUGCUUUCAGCCUGCUUGCACUCCAAGUGAACCAGUAUAUCGAGUCCAUGUAUGAAAUCAUAGUUGUAAAUGGUGUCUUGUUCAGUUAGAAGUCAGUCAUGUGAAGAUCAGAUUGUUUCCUCAUCACAAGAAAUAGGAGGAAGUUGGAAGGUGUGAGUUGGUUGUCAAGAAAAACUUGUGCAUGUCAGCAACAACAGUUUUGCCAGUGCCACUUCAUCAUAUUUUGGGCAGAUGUGGAAAUUAUCAACUUUUUUUUUUUUUUGUUAAAAGUCUGACUAAGACUAAUGCAACUGAUAACUGUUCCCAAAAGGAAUGCCACAGCUUUCACUCCAGUGUUGUUAAUGCAUAUUUUUGUUUUUGUUUGUUGUCAGAAUACCUCCUGGUGCAUUAUAAUGUGUAAAAAAUAAUUUGUUCAUACGCUACAGAAACAUCAACUGUCUUUUUGUAUGUAGACCUACAUAUAUUAUUUUGUGCCUUAUUAAUCUCAUGGGAGAUGACUCUGUUGUUUGUUGUGUAAACUUGAUCAGAGUAAAGAUAAAAGAGGAAUUUUCUGCGUG